UAUAUAAAAUGGAAUUCGCCUACGCCAUGUAGCUCCAGUGCUUUACCUACCCGCCCGAAGCCUCAGGUCUAGACAUAGCUUUUUGCCGGAUCCAUCUUGCUGUGCGGAAGGAGGUGUCACGUCAAAAUGGUGUCACGUUUCGUUGUCACAGCCGCCACCGCGGCUCUCACCGCAGCUACCACUGUCCUCGCGGGCCCGUCCUACCAGGCUCAUCCCGACAGGGCCGAUGCGGUGAAGGCCACAUUUCAGCGGUCGUGGGAUGGAUACUACGAGUUCGCGUUCCCGCACGACACGCUGAAGCCGAUCUCCAAGACAUUUGAGGAUGACAGAAACGGCUGGGGCGCCAGUGCUGUCGAUGCCCUUUCCACAGCCUUGGUCAUGGGCAAGGCCGAGGUGGUGCAGCAAGUUCUGGAACACAUUGCGAACAUCGACUGGCACAAGACGGCAGCGGGCCGCGAGGGCGUUUCUGUCUUUGAGACGACCAUUCGCUACCUCGGCGGCCUUCUUUCCGGAUAUGAUUUUCUCAAAGGUCCUCUCGCUGAUUUGGCGGGCGAUUUCAACGUCGACCUGGUUCUCGACUCGGCGAAACGCCUUGCGGAUAUACUGAGCGAUGCCUUUGAUACCAACAGCGGCGUGCCUCACAACACGUUGUACAUCUAUCCGAACCGCACGCAGCUAUCUGACGAGACCACCAAUGGAAUCGCCACCAUUGGCACUCUCAUCAUCGAGUGGACGCGCCUCAGCGACCUGACAGGCGACCCAAAGUAUCAUGAGCUCGUGCAGAAGGCCGAGGACUACCUGCUCAACCCAUUGAACCCCGAGGUCGGCGAGCCGUGGCCGGGCUUGAUUGGGACGAACGUCUUCAUCUCUAAUGGCACCUUUGCCGACUCCGCGGGUGGCUGGAAUGGCGGCACCGACAGCUUCUACGAGUAUCUUGUAAAGAUGUACCUGUACGACUCAGACAAAUAUGCCUUCUACAUGGACCGCUGGAUCGCCGCUGCCGACUCGUCCAUCCAAUAUCUGGCUUCCCACCCAACCAGUCGUACAAACCUCACAUUCCUUGCGGCAUAUAACGGCCGGGAUGAUCUCAACCUUGUAUCCUCACACUUGGCCUGUUUCGAUGGCGGGAAUUUCAUCCUCGGCGGCUUGACCCUCAAGUCCCAAAAGUACAUCGACUUUGGUCUGAGCCUCGCCGCGGCAUGCCACGAGACCUACACCGCGACGCUCACUCAGAUCGGCCCGGAGUCCUUCCGCUGGAAGGACUCGUCCCUGCCCGCCGACGCGCCCAACAAUCCGGACCCGCCCGCGGACCAGGCCGACUUCUACGACCGCGCGGGAUUCUGGAUCCAGAGCAGCGACUACGUCCUGCGGCCCGAGGUCAUCGAGAGCUUCUACUAUGCAUACCGCGCCACGGGGGAUGUCAAGUACCAGGACUGGGCGUGGGAGGCGUUCCUCGCCAUCAACAAGACCACGGCCGCGGGCGUCGGGUACAGCUCGAUCCAAGACGUCAACGCCGAGGGCGGCGGCGGGUUCACGGAUUUCCAAGAGAGCUUCUGGUUCGCCGAGGUGCUCAAGUACAGCUAUCUGAUCCAGGCUGAUCCCGAGCAGCCCUGGCAGAUCAGUGCUGACGGUGCCAAUGAAUGGGUGUGGAACACGGAGGCGCAUCCUGUGCGGGUUGCUGGGCCGCCGUCUUGAGUUAGCGGGGCUGAGAGGUCUUUGAACACUGAUGUUGCCUUGUCAAAUCGUGCAGCAAGUUCAGGUGCGGACACGGGCACGCCAUGAGAAGAAUUGGUACAGUAUACAAGUCAGAUAGUACUCUUCUGGACAAUAUUCCCAGCACGCCAAUAAAUAUGUACUUGAACAUGU